AUGACUCGAUCUAAAAUCAGGUGCCUACGUGAGAAGUUUAACCUAGCAGUGGAAAGCAUCAUAAAAUCAUGUGAUCCAGAGGCCAUAUCCCAAUCACUCAUAACACCAAGAGACUCAACUAUACUUGUGAAAGACCAAAUGAGUGUCCCAAACAACUUCAGCUCCACACAAGCUUUAUAUGGAGCAAAAAAUGGUAUGUUAACUCUUUUGACAGGUCAAGGAGCUGAGAACAAGAGAGAUCACAAAGAGAACACUUCGAAGAAGCAAGAAGCCUCAGGUGCAAGCAGCUUAGCUGAUAGCGACCAGAACGCGUGUACUCAAGGAUUGGGAGCUAAAGAUACCAAGUUAGAGCAAAGUAUCAGCUUCAGUAACCCAAGCACUCCUUAA